AUGGGUGAUGCCUCUGGUUGGACAAUUGGUGGUGGCUCGCGAGCUAAUCUUUUUACAUCAGAUUUGAACCCAGCAGAGUUUUUGCCAGGUGGUUUUCGUGGUGUUUCAAGCAUUGGAAUCGCGCAUUCAAGUAUUGUUACUAAUGGCAAUGAUCCAAUCCUUGGUACGUUGAUGCCAAACAUCGUGUACGGUGGUAACUUUGCAUGGCGUGUCGAAGACACAGCUAUCGGUGGUUAUGUAUCAGUCCUUAGUCAGGAUGUCAGUCGCUAUUACUGUACGGAUAUUUAUUUUGCCUGGUUAGCCGUUUUGGAAAAUGGUGAGCACAUUGCAGAACAAUCUAGUCUCCUGAUAAUUGAAUUGGAAGAUAUGACUACUGGCACUACUCUUCAUUCCGAUGAAUGGAAAGCAUACAAUAGUUUAAGAAAUAAUCCUAAUUAUACACAUGUAACGGUCAAUCAUUCAGCUAGUUUUGUCGAUUCUAUAACAGGUGUUCAUACACGAAAUAUAGAGAACACCUGGAUGCGUAUAAAACAAAAACAGAAAAAACAGAACGGACUUGCGAGAACACUUUUACCAACAUAUUUAGAGGAAUUCGUUUGGCGUCAGGAUUUCGGCGAUAAACCAUUGAAAAAUUUAAUAUUACAAAUUUCUGAAAAUUAUCCUGUUCAAUGA